UCGUUAGCAGCACCGCGUUCUCGAUAGCAGCGCACUUCACGCGGUAUGCGCCGCGCUCCGAUAUACAGCGUACAUACAGGGACAAUUCGGCCUAUGGUAUCGUUGCGCAUUGAUCUGCAUUUUUCCAACAUGUAACUACGGCGACGGGUGAACACGGAGAAAAUACUCGGCGCUUCCGGUCGGAUAGAUUACCCCCCUCAGGGGUGGGGUCGGUUGCAUCGCUGUCACUUAUUACGAGCAAGUGCCGAGUGAUGUCAAUUGCGUGAAACAGAGGGAACGAGAGAGAAAGGGUAAUCAAACUACGUGGCGAUGGCUCGACCUAUAGUGCCGAGCCAGCAGAAGCUGGCGGAGAAGAUGACCAUCUUGAACGACAGAGGUAUCGGUAUGUUAACGCGCAUUUACAACAUCAAGAAAGCCUGCGGCGAUGCUAAAUCCAAGCCUGCCUUCCUCUCCGACAAGGCGUUGGAGUCUUCCAUCAAGGCGAUCGUCAGGAAGUUCCCCAACAUCGACAUAAAGGGGCUGCAAACCAUCACGAACAUUCGCAACGAGAUCAUUAAGUCUUUAUCACUGUAUUAUUACACGUUUGUCGAUCUGCUAGAUUUCAAAGAUAACGUGUGCGAGCUUCUGACCACCAUGGACGCAUGCGGUGUCCAUAUGGAUAUUACGAUUAAUUUUGAUCUGGCCAAAGGAUAUUUAGAUCUUGUAGUGACGUAUGUCAGUCUGAUGAUUCUUCUGUCUCGAGUCGAGGAUCGGAAGGCGGUGCUAGGGCUCUUCAACGCGGCCCACGAGAUGGUGCACAGUCAGUCGGACCCUAGCUUCCCUCGUUUAGGACAGAUGAUCAUGGAUUAUGAUGCGCCAUUGAAGAAACUCUCGGAGGAAUUUGUGCCACACUCCAAGUUACUAAAAAACGCCUUGACCUCUCUGUGGCCAAUUUAUCCUGGUAGAAAUUUGUCUGCUGAUACAUGGAGAGCCGAUCAGAAGCUGAGUCUCGUCGGUAGUCCCGGUCAGAUACUCAAAGCAGCCGCGACAGACACCAUGUCUUGCGAGACACUGAGCUUGGAUAGAAUCGAAAGGUGGAUAAUUCUUGGAUUCACGCUCUGCCACACGUUCUUGAGUCAGGAGCAACCGAACAAACUUUGGAUCACCGCUCUAGAAUCUGGUUGGGUAUUGGCGUUAUUUAGAGACGAAGUAAUUUAUAUUCAUCAGUAUAUCCAGACAUUUUUUGAAGGUAUGAAAGGAUACAGCAAAAGAGUGUCGGAGGUGAAAGAAUGCUACAAUCAAGCGGUACAGAAAGCUAUCCUCAGGCAUAGAGAGAGAAGAAAAUUUUUGAGGACUGCUCUGAAAGAACUAGGUUUAAUUUUAACUGACCAGCCUGGCCUUCUAGGACCGAAAGCGCUCUUGGUAUUAAUGGGACUCUCUCACGCAAGAGAUGAAGUACUGUGGGUACUGAGACACGGAGACAAUCCUCCUAUUCAAGGCAAAAGUAAAGGACGUAGUGGCGACGAUCUAGUAGAUCGUCAAUUGCCAGAAUUGCUCUUCCACUGCGAGGAAUUGAGAGCGUUGGUAAAGAAAUAUUCCCAGGUGCUUCAGAGGUAUUACGUCCAAUUUCUUUCGGGAUUCGACGCCCCCGCCCUGCAUCAGAUGAUACAAAAUCUUCCGGUUUGUCCUGAGGAUGAGGGGGCUAUCCUUAGUGAUAUGUGUUCAACUAUAGCUAGUCUGACUGUAAAACAAGUCGAGGACAAUGAAUUGUUUGAUUUCCGUGCCUUCCGACUGGAUUGGGUUAGGCUGCAGGCCUAUAUGUCUAUCGCGAAAUGCAACAUGAAUCUGGCUGAUAACAGAGAAUUGGCUUCCUUCAUGGAUACAGUGAUCUUCCACACGAAAAUGGUCGACAACUUGGACGAAAUGUUAGUCGAGACGUCCGAUUUAUCCAUCUUCUGUUUCUACAGCAAGAUAUUCGAGGAUCAGUUUCACAUGUGUCUCGAGUUUCCCGCUCAGAAUCGUUAUAUCGUCGCCUUUCCGCUCAUAUGCAGCCACUUCCAGAGUUGCACCCACGAACUCUGCCCGGAGGAGCGUCAUCACAUACGUGAAAGGAGUCUCUCCGUCGUCAAUAUGUUUCUGGACGAGAUGGCGAAGGAAGCUAAGAACAUUAUCACGACUAUUUGCGACGAGCAAUGCAACAUGAGCGACAAGCUGCUGCCGAAGCACUGCGCCUUGUUGAUCUCGCAGGUCGUUAAUCGUAAAAAAAAGGACAAGAACAAGAAGAACAUGUACGAAAUUCAUAAACCUGGUAUAGAGAGCUACCGCAAGACCCGGGAGGAAUUGACGACGAUGGAUAAGCUGCAUAUGGCUCUCACCGAGUUGUGUUACGCCAUCAAUUACUGUCCCACCAUCAACGUGUGGGAGUACACGUUUGCGCCGAGGGAGUAUCUACAUCAACAUCUGGAAUCACGGUUCGCCAGAGCGCUGGUAGGGAUGGUCAUGUACAAUCCGGAUACCAGCGAGAUAGCGAAACCGUCCGAGCUCUUCGUCAGCGUUCGAUCCUACAUGAACGUUCUUCAGACUAUCGAGAAUUACGUGCACAUAGAUAUCACGCGCGUCUUCAACAACGCUCUACUCCAGCAGACGCAAGAACUGGACAGUCACGGCGACAAAACUAUAGCCGCACUUUACACGCAAUGGUACUCGGACGUUCUGUUGAGGCGGGUUAGCGCCGGCAAUAUCUGCUACUCCGCGAAUCAAAGAGCGUUCGUUAGCCUGUCGGUCGAGGGCGCCAUUCCGUUCAACGCCGAAGAGUUUUCCGAUAUCAACGAGUUGAGAGCGUUGGCGGAACUGAUAGGGCCGUACGGCAUGAAGAUGCUGAACGAGAAUUUGAUGUGGCACAUUGCCAGCCAGGUACAGCAGCUGAAAAAAUUGGUGGCAGGCAACAAGGACGUGCUGAUCUCCUUGAGGACAAAUUUCGAUAAGCCAGAGGUAAUGAAGGAGCAGUUUAAGAAGCUACAGCAGGUGGACAACGUUCUCCAACGUGUUACCAUAAUAGGCGUGAUUUUGAGCUUCCGGCAGUUAGCACAGUCGGCGUUGGUGGAUGUAUUGGAGGAACGCAUACCGUUCUUGCUGAGUUCCAUACUAGAUUUCAGACAUCAUCUGCCGUCUGGCGAUCCCAUGCGUGUUGUUUCCGAGAUGACGUCAGCUGCGGGCUUGACGUGCAAGGUCGAUCCCACGUUAACAACCGCGCUGCGUAACCAAAAAGCGGAAAUCGACGAGGACGAACAUCUGCUCGUCUGCCUGCUAAUGGUCUUCGUGGCGGUUUCCAUACCAAAGUUGGCGCGGAACGAGAACUCUUUCUAUAGAGCAUCGCUCGAAGGUCAUUCCAACAAUAUACACUGCAUGGCCACGGCAAUAAACAAUAUAUUCGGCGCGUUGUUCACGAUUUGCGGGCAGAACGAUAUCGAGGACAGGAUGAAGGAAUUUCUCGCCUUGGCUUCGUCUAGCUUACUGAGAUUAGGCCAGGAAGCGGACAAGGACGCGAUACGGAACAGAGAAUCCGUCUACCUUUUGUUGGAUCAGAUAGUCCAGGAAUCGCCGUUCUUGACGAUGGAUUUACUGGAAAGCUGCUUUCCGUAUGCACUGAUACGCAAUGCAUAUCAUGACGUGUAUAAGCUUGAACACUCGCAACCGUGAGCUUAAACAAUUACGCAACUGCGAGCCAGACGGGGCGCUGCAUUUCUAACUCGCCACUCAGGGCCACGUUUUUACAUUUACAUCGGAGGUAAUCAAAAAGAAUUUGUUACUACAUAUCGCCCGCUCGGGCGACAACUUUCUGGAUGGAGCUAGCUUCCGGCUACGCGACGUCGUAUAAAAAAGUACAAGUACACGUCAGGAAGCAUGGAAAAGUAGUGAACUCAUUCAAUUGUUUGAGGAUGGACCGAUAAGGUCCUCAUUGUGUGACAUUUUAACAGAAGAAAGGCUCGCGACAUUUGUCUUUGCAAUUUUCCUGUGUUGCCUGUGGCAGAUUGUCACGUACACCGUACGUAAUUAAGAUCUAUAUUUUUCUCAAACGCUCCUCCUCAAAUUCUACCUUUGUCUCGAAAGAUUGUAUAUCGAGGAAAAUCAAUUGACAGACAAUUCGUCAAUUGACGAUAAUCCGCGGAUUUUCGAAACGAUGUACUUUGUAAUGUACAGUAUUCUCUAAUUUGCUUUUUGACAUUUGGCUCGAAAUAUUCUUUAGUACGUAUAAUUGUAUACUUUGAAUUCCAAAAUGAACGUUAUAUUAUACUUUACGUCGAAAGAUUUUCUAUUUUGCAUGGAGACGUAAGCUCCCACGAGUUCAAACUGAAGAUCGCGAUAUUCAUGUAUCACACAGUAGAUAUCAUCACUUACCCACUAACAACUUUUUAAUGUACAAUUGUAACUUUUACAAUAGUUUAUAUAAUAAAUAAAAUUAUGUG